AUGGGAAAAUACGAAUCCUUCACAUUUUCUGAAACAGCCAGCGCGACGUCCUCGUACAAAUCGCGUAGAGGCUGUUUUGUGAAGAUUACUACAGGUGUCAUUUUCGUGUCGGUGGCUGUUGCCAUAGCAAUCGGCGUCGGCUUAAUUGUUCAUUUCACUGAAAAGGAUAAAACAUCAGCAUGUGCGAAAGACGAGGUUGUACUUCCGGGUCAGGCAGCAGCAGAAACAGGUGGAAAGAACAAAAAUAACGGAACUAGUUCAACACCAUCCUCGCAGGAUUUGUCUAAAACAUGCAAAACCAUGGCAACUGACAACCGAGAUGGUAUAUGUCAAUCUUGUCCUCGCUCCACUUUCCCACCCCACAUUGUGACUACUGCAGCACCUCCUGUCAGUUUGCAAACGCCAGCACCGCAGGUUGAAUUCAUCAGACUCCCCAAAACGAUUGCGCCAGUGGAGUAUGACCUUGAGAUGACUCCUCACAUGUACGGCCCAAAUCCGGAUCAAUUUACAUUUGAAGGAAAAGUGAAUAUUGAAAUUAAAUGUAAAACGGCCACAAACAAAAUCAUCAUACAUUCUAAAGAACUUGUAAUCGACAAAACAGAGAUAAAACCUAAGGUGGCUCCUGAAGAUAUCAAAAUUGAUAGUAUGAGCGAAGACACAACACAGCAACUGUUGACGUUUACGUUAAAUAAAAACAUGAUUCGUAAUGGUACAUAUCAUCUGUCGAUCACAUUCACCGGACCUCUGAAGAAGGACUUAAAGGGACUGUACCUCAGCUCAUAUGAAGAAGGUGGUGAAACCAGGUACCUAGCAACAACACAGUUUCAGCCGACGGAUGCCAGAAAGGCAUUUCCUUGUUUUGAUGAACCAGGCUUCAAGGCAGUCUUCAAGAUUACAGUACUGCGACAGACCGGCUGGCAUUCUCUGUCCAAUUCACCGAUUGCUUCAUCUGAAGAAAAUUUCAAGCCAACCCUACCAAUGUCCACAUACCUUGUGGCGUUUGUUGUGUCCCAAUUUGGAAACUCGAGUGGGUUAACACGAAACAACAUCAAAUACGGUGCCUGGGCUAAACCUGAAUCUGUACCCUACACAAAGGAGGCACUACAGCUGGGAAUUAACAUUAUCACAUACUACGAGGAGCUGUUUGAAAUACCAUUCCCUCUUGAGAAACAGGAUAUGAUUGCCAUCCCUGACUACCCUCUAGGAGGUAUGGAAAACUGGGGACUUGUCACCUAUCGUGAGGAAGCCAUGUUGUUUAAUCCCAAAACAAACUCGGAAUACUCCAAACAAAGGGUGACUAAGGUCAUCGCACAUGAACUCUCACACCAGUGGUUUGGUGACCUUGUGACCAUGCAAUGGUGGGAUGACCUUUGGCUUAAUGAAGGUUUCGCGACCUAUAUGGAGUAUGUAGGUACAAAUUUCUCGCACCCAGACUGGAACAUCUUUGACCAGUUCGCAGUCGGGGACCUCUAUGAUGCAUUUGACUUCGAUGGACAUCGUACCUCUCAUCCUAUCUACGUUCCUGUCAGCACCCCAGUUCAAAUCGGUGAAAUAUUCGACCGCAUAUCAUACUCAAAGGGUGGUUCUGUAAUACGUAUGAUGAGGCAUUUUCUAGGAGGAGACACAUUUGAUACUGCACUCACGACAUAUCUUAAAGAUUUGAAAUACGGUGUGGCAGAACAUAAUAUCCUGUUUGACAAAAUGAACAAGCAAGCAAAAAAGGAUGGUAAAACUCUACCAUUUACCGUUAAAGAAGUGAUGGACACAUGGAUUCUACAAAUGAAUUAUCCUAUUGUUACGGUGACAAGAUCUGGAGACGGGAAACUAAAAUUGGAGCAGAAACGAUUCUUGAUGGACAAAAAUUCAACUGUGCCUGAUAAAUACAACUCAACAUUCGGAUACAUUUGGAAGAUCCCGUUUACUUACACUUCAAGCAAAGAAGGAAAUUUUGACAAAGAUGGCGCCAGCAUUUCCUGGUUAGAUGGAACGACCAAAGAAAUAACGGAUCCUGGUCUCCCCGACCCCUCAGACAAAGACAGCUGGGUGAUAGGGAACCUCCAGCAGUAUGGUGUUUACAGGGUUUCUUAUGACAAUGACAACUGGAGAGCUAUUAUCAAACAGCUCAAGACAGAUCACAAGGUGAUAUCAAUCAUCAACCGAGGUCAGAUUAUAGACGAUGCCUGGAAUCUAGCACGAUCUGAUCAGCUAGAUAUUGAGAUAGCCCUGGAAAGCGUCGAGUACCUUGACCAGGAAAUGGAGUAUGUCCCAUGGCUAACGGCAAAGUCCCAGCUCUCAUUUUUGGACACCAUGCUGUCAAAGACGGAUGCCUAUGGCCUUUUUCAAAGCUUCAUGAAGAAGAAGGUGAUUGGUCCAUAUGAGAAGAUUAGAAUACAUAAACCACAGUCAACUCACAUGGAAUCUUUGUUAAGGGCUGAAAUCGUAGCUACGGCCUGUAGUUACGGUGUGGAGGCGUGUGUGGAAGAUGCAAAGAACCUUUAUAACACCUGGAUGGAUGAUCCUGACAACAACCCUAUUCCACCUGACAUCCAGGAGACUGUGUACUGUACAGCUAUAGCCGCAGGGGGCUGGUCAGCCUGGAACUUCGCUCUUGAUCAACUGUCCAGUACUAUUGAUGUAGCCCAGAUAGCAUUAAUACAGAGAGCAUUAGCCUGCUCCCGAGAACCCUGGAUACUAAGACUCUACCUUAAACUGGCAUUAAAUUCCACCUACAUACGCAGUCAGGACACUCUGACCGUGAUUGAACAUGUGGGAACCAACCAGAUUGGCAGUACGUUUGCCUGGAACUUUUUGUUGGAGAAUUGGGAAUAUAUCAGAUCAAGUUUUGGCGGAGCUUGGUUUUCUCUUGACCGACUUAUAUCUUCUCUGACGAGAUCAUUCAACACAGAAAGUGAAUUAAACAAGCUAAGAAGAUUUAUUGACACACACCCAGAUCUUGGUACUGGAUCAACAGCGUUCUCCCAGGCUGUCGAAAACACAAAAAACCACAUGAAUUUCAUGGAAAAAAAUUUUGACACCAUAAAAGCCUGGCUUCAACGAGUGUCAACUUCAUCAAAACAUGUCCUAAAAGAUGUACGCUUGCCUCGCAGUGUGAAACCAAAUCACUACGAACUGGACCUUAAACCUGAUAUGUACGGCGUCGAUCCAUCCUCAUUCCAUUUUUAUGGGAAGGUUAAAAUCCAUGUGGAUUGCCUGGAAAACACUGAUAAUAUCACACUACAUAUCAAUAAACUGUCCAUCAACGAGACAAGUGUAACGGUGACAGAUGACGGAGACCUCGAUAUCGGGGUCACGAGAAUCGGCUAUGAUGAGGAAAGACAGUUUCUGAUUGUUUAUACAAAACUUAUGGCUGGCAAGAAUUAUAUUUUAGGGAUGAAUUUUGAUGGGCCGUUAAAAGAUGACAUGAAAGGUCUCUAUCUGAGUUCGUACACCAGAGGAAAUAAGACAAUCUACUUGGCUACCACACAAAUGGAACCGACUGAUGCCAGAAAGGCGUUUCCUUGUUUUGACGAGCCGGCAAUGAAGGCAACAUUCCAGGUGACAUUAUUACGAAAACCACAUCUCAUGUCUUUAUCAAACAUGCCAAGGCUGUCGACAGAAAAAAGGGGUGAUGGAUUCCAGGCGGACAUUUACAAAACGUCCAGGAAGAUGUCUACAUAUUUGCUUGCCUUUGUAAUCAGUGACUUUGUGGGGAAAACAACAACAACAAAACACAAUAUAACAUAUGGAGCCUGGGCCCGCCCCGAAUCUGUCAAUCAAAUUGAUAUGGCCCUCGAAACUGGGAAAGAGACACUCACUUACUACGAGGAUUUCUUCGGGAUUGGAUUUCCAUUGCCUAAACAAGAUAUGAUUGCCAUCCCCGACUUCUCGGCUGGCGCUAUGGAGAACUGGGGACUGAUUACCUACAGAGAGAAUUCCAUGUUGUACAAAGCAGGUGUAUCAUCUACAUCUGACAAACAGUGGACGACGGAGACCAUUACACACGAACUCGCACAUCAGUGGUUUGGUGAUCUUGUGACGAUGAAUUGGUGGGACGACCUUUGGCUGAACGAGGGAUUUGCCACGUUUGUCCAACACUUGGGAGCUGAUCAUAUGCAUCCUGAUUGGAAAAUGUUUGAUCAAUUUGUGGUGAAGGAGCUCCAGGAUGCCAUGGAAUUUGAUGGUUUGAUAUCCUCCCACCCAAUGUACGCUCCUGUACAGAAUCCAGCUCAGAUCAAUGAAAUUUUCGAUAAAAUUUCGUACUCUAAGGGAGCCAGCAUUAUUCGUAUGAUGAGGUUUUUCAUCGGAGAAGAAACAUUUAAGAAAGGAAUUAAGCAUUACCUGGAAAAAGCGUCAUACAGUAAUGCUGUCCAUGAUGACCUGUGGUAUGCUAUGGGAAAUCAAACGAAGGAAGAUAAACAUUCCAAGGACGUAAAGGCUAUCAUGGACACCUGGACAUUACAAAUGAAUUUCCCUGUGGUUAGUCUGACACGCAAAGAAAAAGGAACAUUCAAGGUUACACAAAAGCGAUAUCUACGCAACCCAGACGCAAAAGAUCCGGGUCGAUUUUCAUCGAAAUAUGGGUACACAUGGAUAAUACCUCUAACCUUCACAACCAGCAAAAACCCGAACUUCAAACAAACCUAUCAAAAUGUGACAUUGUUUGGAGGAAAAGAACAAGAGGUGUCCAUAGACUCCACACUUCCAGAAGAUGGCUGGAUUCUUGCUAACGUGAUGCAGUAUGGUUACUACAGAGUAAAUUACGACCACCAGAAUUGGAAAUCUCUUAUCCAACAACUAAAGAACGAUCAUUUGGUUAUUCAUCUCGUGAACAGAGCUCAAAUUAUCAAUGAUGCAUGGGCACUUGCCAAAUCUGGAGAUCUAGAUCUGACAAUUGCUCUUGACACCAUGGAGUACCUUGGUAAUGAACUGGAUUAUGUCCCUUGGUCGGCAGCUACCAGUGAACUCUCUUAUGUGGAAACAAUGUUGGUGCGAACUCCAUUGUACGGUAAAUUUAAGAAAUUUAUGCACAGGAUCAUAGAGAAGCCAUACAGGACACUGGGAAUGGACAACACAAACACAAGUCACAUGGAAAGGAUUGAUCCUGAUGUGAAGAGAUCAGUACUAUGUGGGGGUAUCAGUGAAGGCGGGAUGGACGAGUGGGACUUCCUGUACCAAAAGUAUAAACAGUCCAAUGUAGCCAACGAGAGGAUAAUGAUGUUGUCUGCCUUGGGCUGUAGUCAACAGCCAUGGAUUCUGAGCAGAUACCUGGCGAUGUCGCUGGACCCUAAUGAAGUACGAAAACAGGAUGCUGAUUACGUCAUCAGAUAUGUCAGCGGAAAUCCAAUCGGAAGAGAUUUAACAUGGAAUUUUAUGCAAGAAAAUUGGUCAUUGUAUCUUGAAAGAUAUGGAACUGGGACGUUUACCCUCAGCCGGAUGAUCGGUUCAGCACUAGAGUCCUUCAACACAGAACUGGAACUAGAACAGAUAAAAGCAUUCCAGGCAGCUCACCCUGACAUGGGAUCUGGUACACGAGCUUAUGAACAGGCAAUAGAGAAGACUGAAGGCAAUAUACGCUGGAUGAAACAGAAUUACGCCACACUCCAAUCAUGGCUGGACAAAGCGGUUGGUUCAGAAACGAAGACUACUGUUGAGGAUCUUAGACUGCCGCGGGCGAUACUACCUUCUUUGUAUGAAUUAGAAAUAUUCCCCGAUUUUUAUCAACCAGAUCCAAAAGAUUUCACCUUCAAUGGUACAGUCAAAAUCUAUAUAUCAUGUGUAGAAAUGACAAAGAAUAUCACACUGCAUGUAAACAAACUCUCUGUGGACGAGAAAAGCUUAAAAUUAGAAGCGAUUUCUGGAGCAGCUGUCCCAGCAAUUGUUAAAAUAACAAAGGACGAAGCAAGGCAGUUUCUGAUAUUGGAUCUAGACAGAGAUCUAAGUCUAGACAACUACACACUCGAGAUAAAGUUUACUGGGCCUUUGGUGGAUGAUAUGGCUGGACUUUAUUAUAGUUCAUAUCAACAAGGCGGUGAAGAUGUAUACAUUGCGACCACACAAAUGGAACCAACAGAUGCCAGAAAGACAUUUCCAUGUUUCGACGAACCAAACAUGAAGGCACAAUUCCAAAUCACUGUCGUCAGGAAAGCUGAUCUUAUAUCGUUAUCUAACAUGGAAAUAGCGAGGACAGAAGCAAGAGACGGUAACCUUCGUGCCGACCAUUACCAUACAUCACCGAUCAUGUCUACCUACCUUGUAGCCUUUGUUGUCUGUGAUUUUGCUCAUAUCAAUGGUACUACAAAGAAUGGCAUCUAUUACGGAGCACUGGCCCCUAAAGAAAUGAUUGACCAGGCGGAAUUUGCUCUCGAUGUUGGUAUCGAUACUAUAACAUUGUACGAGGAUUACUUCGAUAUCAAGUUUCCGCUUAAGAAACAAGAAAUGAUUGCCAUUCCCGACUUUGCCGCUGGAGCUAUGGAGAACUGGGGACUUAUCACAUACAGGGAGACGGCCAUGUUGUAUGAAGAGGGAGUAUCGUCAGAGUCAAACAAACAACGUGUCACUACCGUCAUUACACACGAACUUGCUCACCAGUGGUUUGGUAACCUUGUGACCUUGGACUGGUGGGAUGACCUUUGGCUCAAUGAAGGGUUCGCGACCUUUGUAGAAUACUUUGGAGCUGACAAUAAAUUUCCAGACUGGAAAUAUUUUGAUAUUUUUACGAUUGAAGAGCUCCAGGAAGCGUUUGAUUUUGAUGCCCUCGUCACGUCACAUCCGCUGUUUGCUGCCGUUGCUAAUCCUGACCAGAUCAACGAAGUGUUUGACUCUAUCUCCUACUCCAAGGGAGCCAGUGUUAUCAGGAUGAUGCGGUUUUUCUGUGGCGACAAAACCUUUCAGCUUGGAAUUCAGAAAUAUCUGAAGCAGAGAGAAUUCAAGAACGCUGAUCACAACGAUUUAUGGGCUGCCAUGGAAACUCAAAUAAAAGAGGAACACCGUAACCUACCAGUAAAGGAUAUUAUGAAUACAUGGAUCCUCCAGAUGAACUACCCCGUUGUGACCCUCAGUAAGGUCAACAACACACAGAUUCGGGUCACUCAGAAGCGUUUCCUUACUAAUCCUAAUGCUGUAGACCCGGGCAGAUUUACCUCCCCUUACAACUACACCUGGAUGAUCCCUACGACAGUGACCUUCAAAUCAGAUGUCAACUUCUCUCAGACUGGCGAGGACGUGUACUGGCAUAACAACAAAGUUGAUGACAUAACACUGAAGAAACCAAUGGAAGAUGGGGACUGGUUUUUGGCAAACGUCCAGCAGUUCGGGUUUUACAGAGUGAAUUAUGAAAAUGACAAUUGGGUUGCAUUGACAAAUCAACUGAAAACAGAUCAUAAGGUGAUCCAUACAAUAAACAGAGGACAACUUAUCAACGAUGCUUGGAAUCUUGCAAAUGCUGGUGAAUUACCAUUACAAGUCGCCCUAGAUAUGAUAGAUUAUCUGACAAACGAACUGGAUUAUGUCCCUUGGUAUGCUGCACUUACACAGCUGGGGUAUGCUGAUGAAAUGCUUAUGAGAACUGAUCUCUAUGGAGACUUUACCACAGUAAUCAGAAAUCUGAUCUUCAAACCGUUUGAAAGUGUUGGAUUACGUGAGAAGAAUACAGAUGGACAUCUGGAAAAAAUGUUGAGAAUCUCGAUGUCCAGUCAGGCCUGUGGGUAUGGGAUUGAGGAGUGUGUAAGAUCUGCUACAGAUAUGUUCCAGGAGUGGAUGCUUAAUCCCAGCGAUAACAAAAUUGACCCUGACGUUAAGCAGGCUGUGUACUGUACAGGUAUUGGUGAGGGUGGGGCCCUCGAGUGGGAUUUCCUGUACAGUCAGUACAAGACAAGUAACAACGCCGCAGAGAAGAAACGCAUCCUGUACUCCCUGUCUUGUUCCAAGCAGCCAUGGAUCCUCAGCAAAUACCUGGAAAUGAGUUUGGAUUCAAAUGAGGUUAGAAAGCAGGAUGCCAGUUAUGUCAUAAUAUAUGUGUCCGGACAUUCUAUUGGACGGGAUCUUGCCUGGAACUUCAUCCGAGCCAACUGGAACACCCUACUGACGGAAUUUGGAGGCGGAUCCUUCUCCUUCUCAAACCUUAUCUCUGGUGUAACAAGAUCCUUUAACACGGAUUUCGACUUACAACAACUUUUAGACUUCAAAACUACAAACCCAGACAUGGGCUCAGGAACAAGAGCUUAUGAACAGGCAGUAGAAAAAACUGAAUCUAAUAUCAAGUGGCUGAAAACAAACAUGGAGACAAUACGAUCCUGGCUCCAGAACAAUGCACUGAGUAAUCCUGCCGAAGUGUUGACAGAUGUUAGACUUCCACGGUCUGUUCUUCCAUCUCUCUACGAGCUCCAGAUGUUCCCAGACUUUUAUAAAGCAGACCCAGAACAAUUUAGAUUUAGUGGUAACAUAACAAUACACAUCUCCUGUGUUGAAAGCACAAAUAACGUCACGUUACAUAUAGUAAAUUUAGAAAUUGAUGAACAGACUCUUCAACUUGUUGACAAGAGUGGAGGUAUGGUGGCUGUAUCAAAGGUCUCACAGGACCUAGAGAGACAAUUCUUGAUUUUACACCUGACAGGACGCUUGACCGCUGGUCAGAACUAUACACUGAGUAUGUCGUUUAGUGGUGUAUUAGGAAAUAACAUGGUUGGCAUGUACUACAGCUCGUACCAACAUGGAAACAAAACAAUAUAUAUGGCUACGACUAAGAUGGAACCAACACAUGCCAGGAAAGCAUUCCCUUGUUUUGAUGAACCAAAUAUGAAAGCAAAAUUCAAGAUAACAUUGAUAAGGAAACCAGAUCUGGUGUCUUUAUCAAACAUGCCAACAGAAACAACAGGCACGGCAUGAGAUGGGUUAGUAGCUGAUGUUUAUCAGGAGUCCCCUGUAAUGUCUACGUAUCUGGUGGCUAUGAUUGUCUGUGAUUUCCAAAAGCAAUCAAAGCUAACCGAGAACAAUGUCACGUACGGUGCCUGGGCAACGCCAGAGAAAGUUAAUCAGACCAGUUUUGCACUGGAUGUUGGGGUAACUACACUAAACCUGUAUGAAAAAUUCUUUGGAAUCAAGUUUCCUCUUCCAAAGCAAGACAUGAUUGCCAUUCCCGACUUUGCAGCUGGAGCCAUGGAGAACUGGGGACUUAUCACAUACAGGGAGACAGCCAUGUUGUAUGAAGAGGGAGUAUCGUCAGAGUCAAAUAAACAACGUGUCACUACUGUCAUCACUCAUGAACUUGCUCACCAGUGGUUUGGUAACCUUGUGACCCUGGACUGGUGGGAUGACCUUUGGCUCAAUGAAGGGUUCGCGACCUUCAUAGAAUAUUUUGGAGCCGAUUAUAAAUUCCCUAACUGGAAAUAUUUUGAAAUUUUUGUUGUCGAUGAACUACAAGAUGCCUUGGAAUAUGAUGCUCUAGUGACAUCACAUCCGAUGUUUGCAGCCGUGUACAAUCCGACUCAAAUCAGAGAAGUGUUUGAUUCUAUUUCCUAUUCCAAGGGAGCCAGCAUAAUUCGAAUGAUGAAGUUCUUUCUUGGUGACGAUAUCUUCCAAAUGGGAAUACAGAAAUACCUGAACAGCAAAAUAAAGAAAAAUGCUGCCCACGACGAUCUAUGGAAGUCCAUGGACGAGGUUUCCCCAAAAGGGAUAAAUGUUAAAGAUAUCAUGGACACAUGGACACUCCAGAUGAACUACCCUGUCGUGACAAUGAGACGAGAAUCUAACACUGGCAUCUCCGUAUCGCAGAAACGCUUCCUCUCUAAUCCCAACGCCACCGAUCCGCUGAGAUUUAUCUCCCCUUUUAACUACCAAUGGAGGAUUCCGUUAACAUUAACACACCAAGCCCAUCCCAACUUUAACGUGUCCAGCCAAGAUGUUUUGUGGUUUAACAACAAAGAUAGCCAAAUAAACCUAAAUGGAACGGAGAUCAAAGAUGGUGAAUGGUUCCUGGCAAAUAUUCAACAGUUUGGGUUUUAUCGCGUUAACUACGACCAAUCAAACUGGGAUGCACUUAUCGGCCAGUUAAAGACCAAUCACACGGUCAUCCAUACAAUAAAUAGAGGUCAAAUAAUCAAUGAUGCAUGGAGUUUGUCAAAGGCAGCUGAACUGGACUUCAUGACAGCUCUCCAAACCAUUGAAUAUCUUGGGAAUGAACAGGAGUAUGCUCCCUGGCAGGCUGCAGCCAGCCAAUUCACCUAUGUAUCACGAAUGCUUAUGAUGUCUAGUGUCUAUGGGAAGUAUUCAAACGUAAUGAAGACCCUGGUUACAAAACCGUUCACCGAUGUUGGCAUGAAUGCUUCUAAUGAUGAGGGACAUUUGAAAAAAAUGCUUCGUAUUCUCCUAACUGAUCUAGCCUGUACGUAUAAUGUUGAGUCAUGUAUCACCACAUCCAAAAGUCUGUUUAAGAGCUGGAUGGAUGAUAGUCGACAUAUCAACACAAUCGACCCCGACAUCAAGCAAGCUGUCUACUGUACAAGUAUCGCGCAGGGUGGGGUCAACGAGUGGGACUUCCUGUACAGUCAGUACAAGACGAGUAACAACGCCGCUGAGAAGAAACGCAUCCUGUACUCCCUGUCUUGUACCAAACAAACAUGGCUUCUCAGCAGGUAUCUUUCCCUCAGUUUGGACCCUAAGGAGAUCCGGGGACAGGACAUAGUAUAUGUGAUAUCAUAUGUUGCUGAACAAUCCGCUGGUCGGGACCUUGCCUGGAACUUUGUCAGUGAUAAAUGGGACUAUCUGAUUCAGGAAUUUGGACAAGGACAAUUUUCUUUUGCCGGUAUCAUCAAGGCGAUAUCAGUCACAUUUAACACUGAAUAUAACAUGGAUCAGUUACUACAGUUCCGGAAGGAUCAUGACGACUUGAGCUCCGGUGAACAAGCUUUUACUCAGGCUCUAGAGAACACGGAAACCAAUAUACGCUGGAUGAGAGAGAACUUGAGUAUCAUCAGUGGAUGGCUUGAUAACAGAAUCAAGGCAAUAUAGUACAUAACAAUCAGAAACUGUAACCUGAAGACUGUGACCUUAACCAAGCAAAUCUCGGUGGUGUCUGUAUAUAACAUAGUACCGUAAAU